UCUCACCGGCUUCAACAGACUGGAGCUUUCACUUCUACUACCACUUCUGGAUCUGUCCUGUCGAGAUAUCUGGAAACAUCUCUAUAGGGUUAGGGUGGAUCUAUGCAACAGAUUGGACAUCGAAACAAAUACUAUUACUACAACUACUGCUUCUGAAAAUAAUACUACUGCUGCGUGUAAUCAUGUGGACACUGUAACUGAAGACAACUCUAUGAAGUUGGUUUGUGGAUAGCCUAACUGGAGACUACGACACGGGUGAAUGUUUUGAACCAUGUCGAACCUGGAGCUGCUCUCGUCCAUGAUUCAGUCUUUGGACAACGUGGACCAGCACACCAUAGAGCAGGAGUUUAAUGCGUUGCGUACUCAGUCGGUGGCAUGGAAAAAAUCCCAGUCCUCAGAAACUGGAGCUCUGAAAGAAAACAUCAAGAAGAACAGAUACAAGGAUAUACUACCCUAUGAUGAUUCCAGAGUAGUCUUGUCUCUCCAAACCUCAGAAUCUGACAGAGACUAUAUCAAUGCCAGCUUCAUUCAGGGAGCGCUGUCUGGUGGUUAUAUUGCAGCUCAGGCUCCUCUCAGCUCCACCCUCAGAGACUUCUGGAGGAUGAUCUGGGAAUAUCAGGUUAAGGUGAUCGUGAUGGCAUGCAGAGAGUUUGAAAUGGCCAAGAAAAAAUGUGAGGUUUACUGGUCUCAACUGAACCAAACCACAUCCUUUGGACCAUUCUCUGUUCACUGUCAGGGGGAGUCCAGUCCCACUCAAGACAUCAUAGUCAGAGAACUGCAGGUCUCAUUUCAGAGGGAUGUGCGUGUGGUCAUCCAGCUGCAGUUCCUCUCAUGGCCAGAUCACGAUGUUCCUUACGAGGCUUCAGGAGUCUUAGACCUGCUCCACAGAGUCCAAGACCUUCAGAAGUCAAGUCUGGACCUGGUCCAGAGAGUCCAAAAUCCCCUAAACCGCAAUCUGAAACUGGUGCACUGCAGUGCUGGCUGUGGAAGAACUGGAGUUAUCUGUGCUUUGGACCAGAUCUAUCAGCUACUCCUACACCAGAAGCUCACCUCAGACUUUAACAUUAUGAGGCUUGUUAUGGAGCUGAGGAGACAGAGGCCCAGUGCAGUGCAAACCAAAGAACAGUACCGCUUCAUCUACACAGCUACUUCCUGUUUGUUCAAAUGGUUCCUCGAGAAGAACAGCUCUGAUUCAGUGUACUACAACCUGCCCAGGUUGAACAAUUCUCAGAGUGUCCAAGCAGCUGUAACAAACAACAGGUCCAAGGAGCAGAGCAUGGAGGCGACGUACGCUGUGGUCAACAGGAAGGGGUGUGCACCUUCGACCUCCACCCUCCCCAGGAACACAGACCCUCACUAUGACAACAUCCAGCUGCCGUCAUCCACCCCUGUGUACGGCGUGGUCCGCCCCCGAGCCAAGCCCAUCCCCACGGACACUAACCUGUAUGACAUGGCCUCGCCCACAAACUCUGACAUCACGCCGCAGUAUCACCUCCUCUCAGAGGCCCCAAGACGGGUGACAGACGUAGAUGACGACUAUGAGGAUGUAACCCCCACAAGCCCAGACAGCAGUUUACCCCACGUAGACGGGAUUGGUACGAUCCAUUUCCACUCACUACACUACUACAGACUACAGAUCCCCCCAACAAAACCUCUGAAAAGUAAAACUAAUUAAAUAAUGCACAUUACUACAAAGAGGUUCAUUUUGGUCUUUUAAUAUUAUUUUGAAAUAAAUCCAAUCCACUUUAUUUCUUUCAAUCUUCAAAGAUGAGAAUUUU